CACGCAUGCGCAGGAGUUGUAUUUUGAAGCGGCCAAACCGGAUGUUGCACUUGUUCCUGUCGGUAAUGCUAAUGCUAAGGCUAGCGGAUCGUGCAUCAGAAACACAACACACACGAACAGAUAUUGUAACCUUUGACCUGUUCAAAUGGAGACCGCUACAGUCUGUGAGCUGGACGUGGCCACGAGGAGGAUUGUGGGAGGCAGCGAUUCUCCCCCUGAACUGGACAGCCCUUGUCAAGAGGUGGAGACCGACUUUGGUUCCUGUUGCGCCGAGGAGGAGCGAGGGGAGACUCCAGGCCGAGAGGACAGUCCCACAGAGCUCGGAGAAACGGAGCUGGACCCCGGAGGGAAGGAGGUCGUCUUGUUGAUGCAGGCGCUGAACUCUCUGGACACUCCUGAAGAGAAACUCGCUGCUUUGUGCAAGAAGUACGCAGAUCUGCUGGAGGAGAGCCGGUCGAUGCAGAAGCGUCUGAAGGCUCUGCAGAAGAAACAGGCUCAGAUCGUGAAGGAGAAGAUCCACCUUCAGGCCGAGCACAGUAAGGCCAUCCUCGCUCGCAGCAAACUGGAGAGUCUGUGCAGGGAGCAGCAGAGGCACAACAAGACGCUCAAGGAGGAGAAUGCGCAGCGGUCGCGGGAGUACGACGAGCAGAGGAAAGAGGCCAUGCUGCACUUCCAGUCCACGCUCAGCGACAUCGAGGCGCAGAUGGAAACGCACAGCUCCAGAAACGCCAAACUCCGACAGGAAAACAUGGAGCUGGUGGAGAAACUCAAGAAACUCAUCGAACAGUACGAGCUCAGAGAGGAGCACAUGGACAAAGUGUUCAAGCACAAGGAACUCCAACAGCAGCUGAUGGACGCCAAGCUCCAGAGAAUCACCGAGAUGAUGAAGGAGGUGGAGGAGAAGCAGCAGAGGGAGCGAGAGAUGCUGCUGAAAGACGCCACAGACUCCAGACGUAAAUGUGAACAGAUGAAAGAGCAGGAGAUGCAGCUCAAACAGCAGCUCUCUCUGUACAUGGACAAGUUCGAGGAGUUUCAGACCACUCUGGCGAAAAGCAACGAAGUCUUCACCACGUUCAGACAAGAGAUGGAGAAGAUGACGAAGAAAAUCAAGAAGCUGGAGAAGGAGACGACUCAGUGGAGGACCAAAUGGGAGAGCAACAACCAGGCGCUGCUGCAGAUGGCUGAAGAGAAAACUUUACGUGACGGUCACUUCAAGGCCCUACAGGGUAAACUGGAGCUGCUGGAGCGUUUGUGUCGAGCUUUGCAAAAAGAACGGAACGACCUGAACAACCGCCUGAGCCUCCUCCAGGACCAGGACCAGGACCAGGACCAGGGAGCAGAGCCGGGGCCGGACCAGCCGACCGAAGCCCAGCCGGGGGAGCCCAACGCCGGGGACGAGCCGCAGGACGAGGAGGGCACCGGCCUGGAGAUCCACCAAGCCCCUAGACCCCCAGAAACCGACGAGAGCAGGACCACGAGCACAGACGGACCGGAGGAGGAAGAGGAGGAGGAGACGUUAGCGGCUGCUGCUACGACCACAGAGGAGGAGGAGAAGGCGGCAGACUCUACGCAGGACUAGACACAAACACUCAAACAUCCCCAGAGAUUCAUCUAUUUUUUCUACUUUAAAUAAAUAAAUAUUAAUGCGACACGUCAUCUCUGCUCCAUUUUUAUCAGAUGUGGUAAAAGAUGCACGAUUUCCGAGAAAAUAUUGGUUAAAUCCGAGUCAUAUUUUGUAAAGAAAUUAUUAACCCCAAGUGACAAAACUCUUUUCAGUGAAUUGAAGCAACAUUUUUUAUUUGAGUCACUAACCAAACUGAAAAAAAUAUAUUGUUUUUCUACUUUUUGGGGUCGUUUUUGAGUUUCGAGUGUAUUUUUUUACGUCAUUUCUUUUAAAAGCGGAGCAAAAAUGUGUUGCGUUCAUACUUAAGUUUGAUACGAUAGGAUCUAUAGUCUCUUUAUUUCUACCCGAAUCCUUACAAUAGAUAUAAGAACAUUUUAAUACAUGAGUUUCAUUGAGAGCACUUAUUCUGUUUAAUUGUAUUUUCAUAGGAUCACAAACUUCCCCCAGUUUGAUUCUUUAUUCACACAAAAUUCUUGCUUCACGGCCUUUAAAUAAUUUCCUUUAGAUGAUCAAACUAUCAAGACGUUCUCAGACUUUUUAUUAAUUUAUAUUUAUGUUUCUUUAUUAUUUACUUCCAGCUGUUUAAAUCUUGACCAAACUGACAUUAGAUAAAAGUCUUGAAUAUCUAAAAAAAAAUAAAAAAAAUCAUAGUACACCAGUAAAUUCCGAGUUUCUUUAUGUAAUAAUGUGCGUAAAUGUUAAAAACUGAUUCAGGACCAAUAUUUGAGUAAAUUAUGACUAACUUGUGUCUCGAGUUGUUGGUAAAUUAAAGCUAAAGGUGCACUAUGUAACUUUUCUGAUGGAGAGUUACACAAAUGUUCCUGUUUUGACCGGAAUGUUCCACAGUGUCAUUCUUCCCAGACUUGGAUUUAUUCAAUUAUAAGUGUAAAAAAAGAAAAAAUACAACACAUUACAGAUCGGAACUUUGCCUGUUAGCGUCUGCUUGUUUCAAAAUCGUUUCAAAUCGUUAUGUCUUGGGUUCCCACGGUCAUGGAAAUCCUGGAAAGUUAUGGAAUUUUAGUCUCUCUUUCACACAACUACAGCGUUCUGUUAGGUCAGGGGUGUCAAACUCAAAUUCCCAGAGGCCAAAAUUAAAAACUGGGACUAAGUCUUGGGCCAAACUAAAUAUUUAUUGAAAAAUUUUAACAACAUCUGCAUGUUUUCUCUUCUUUCGAAAUAUGGAAUGUUAAACCUUUUAAAAUAAAUGUUUAAUAAUAGUUUUGGUUAGACACUGAAUCCAGAACAAGCAAAAUAUAAAAUAGUAACAAAAUUUUAAAUAAAUAAAGUCUCUAUAGUUUAUCUGAUUAUAAUUAUUUCCGAACGUUUGUGCCUUUUGUUCACGCUCUCCUCGGGGUCACAUACACCCAAAGAAAUUUUUUUUUCCUUCAGAUUGACCCGCCCCAAGAGAGCAGGAAGGGAAAAAAAAAAAAAAAAAGAGCGUGAGGGUUAAAAGAGACGACGAUAAAUGCACUGACAGUAUUUUGAAUGUUAAAAAACUAUAAUACUAAACCAUAAGGUGAGUGGAAAGAGUUAACAUUUCAUAUUUAGCCCUAAAAGAUCAAUUCUACACAUGUAGGUGCCGUAAAGUCAUGGAAAAAUCAUGGAAAACUUUUGAAAUCAUGUCAGUGAAAGAGAGUGGGAACCCUGAAUGUCGUACUGUGGAACAUUCCAGCCCAAGCAAAAACAUCUCCAUGCCGACGAGCAGGUGAAGCAGAAAACUCACACGGUGCACUUUUAUUAAGACUUGAAUAUGACCUUUAAGACUUGAAAUUGCACCUUUUUAAUUUAAGAACCACAAAUAGAGGAAUGGGGCUUUGUUAAUGGCUGCUCAGUUUUAAUCAUUUUCCCCUAGACGUAAAACACGAAGGCAGUAACUCAGUCCUGACCAUAAAUAAUAUAAAUAACGUAACUAAACAUGAAACUUUAUAAACUUGAUCAAACUUGUAGAUGUAUUUUCUCGUAAUUCCACUUUUUGUUGUCGAUUUUGGAUAAUCAGGAUAAUCAUUUGUUUAUUAUUAAAGUCUACAGCAGGGAUCUCGAACCUGUCGCUCGGGGGCUGGUAUCAUUAAGGAGUUGUCGAUACGAUACACUUUCGAUAUGUUUCAGUGAAAAACAAAGGCGAAAUCCUGGCUCUGAUACUAAAAGUCCAAUAAAUCUGUGCGGAGUAAACGUAGAAAAGCACCCAUUUUACUCAAAACUGUAAAAAUGUGAACACAACUGCAGCUCUUACACAAAUAAAUUUAGUAAAAAGUACCUAAAAUGUCCCUUGACGAUAUCCAUAUUGUAUCAGCACAUUAAACGAUACGAUAUAUUGAUAUUUUUGCACACCUCUAGAGCUGAAUAACUAAAAUUGUAUUAAUUACCAUCAUUUUAAUGCCCACUUUUGUGCAUUAAUAAAUGAAUAAUUUAAGUUUAUAUUUUAUAGAUGUCUAACUUUCCCCAGUCUAAGGCUUUAAUUUCUUGCAGCUCUUAAAAUAAGUAGCUCUUUGGCGUUUUUGUUUUGUAAACGUAGCUCACCAGAAGAAAAAGGUUGGAGAUUCCUGAUCUACGAGACAAAUUAAUCAGAAUUUUACUGCGAUACCCAACUGAUAAAGCUGAUAAAUUAAACUGUUUUCUGAUCUGUUAUACUUGUUUUUCUUAUCACAAACAAACCUGGAGUUGUGUUUUGUUUCAUUCACACAUGUUUAACACAAAAACCCUGCAUAUUUGCGCCGAGUUCUUCUCUUAAACAGAAAAUAUUCAACGUUUCAAUGUGUUUUUAAGCUCCACAAAGCUUCACUAAAAUCAUCUGGACGAUUUCAGCUCUGGAAUUCGCAAUCUCUACUGAAUAAAAGAUAAAAAGUAGAUGUUAACUUAAAGAAAACCUACUUCUUCAUGAGCAUUUUGAGCUUUGGAGAUGUCAACAGACUAAUAUUAAAUACUCAAACUUAUGUAAAUGAAACAAAACACAACUCCAGGUCUGUUUUUGAGAAGAAAACCGCAUUAUAACCUGACUUAAAACUCAAUUUUAAGUCAAUUUCCGCCAUCUAGGACCUUCAUAUUUUCAUUUCUUUUAAAGGGAAUCAAGCUAAUUUUAUACAUGCUGCUCAAAGUCUUUUUGUUUUCUGUACUCUUCUAAAUCGAAUCCAUAAAUAAUAACGAAUAAUGACACUUUGGUUUGUGUUUAAAUGUGAAAUUUUCAACUUUAAUAAAUGUUUAUUUUCAUGUCAUAGGAGGAGUCAGAGGAGGAGUCGGUCUUGGUUGCUUUAGUAAUAAUUACAUUUAAAGGUCUAUAUUUAAAGUGAAUGUAUAAUCAUUUACGUAAGUGCUAUGUUGUUUAUUAAUGUUGCCAGGAAAACGACAUUCCUUGAUUUUUAUUUUAACUUUUACUUUUUUUCCCCAAUUUUUAAAAGGGACAGUUCAAAUUUUUGUAUUCGUCAAGUGAUUUACAAAGUCGAUUUGUGUUUCGUCGGGGUUUGUUCGUCUUUCCAUUUUCAUCGCAAAAAAAAGCAAUAAAUUUGUGGAAAUACCAGUUAAAAUCCAUAGAUAUUUUUUGACUAUAUGAGGAAAAUUAUUAAAAUUUUCCAAAAUUAUUGACUGAACAGUGUUUGGUAAAAAAGUGAACCAAAUAAAAAGUAAAAAAAAUACAUGUAGUGUCACCAGAACCAGAACUUUUGUGGCGGUGGGUUCGUCAAAACGCGCUUUUUUUUCCAUGGAGAUGUUAUUGCUUUGUCUGUAAUGUUACACAGUAUGGCAUUAAACCUUGCUAUCGUCAUGGAAACCAAACCAGACCAAGUUUUAGGUCAGAUUUGCGGAGUGGAGAGGUUAGAAUACUUGUUUUUUUGAGGUAUUUUUGAGCUUUAAAACCCACUUGUAAUCGAAUAAAUGUAACGUAGAGCUGUUUAAAGUCAUACUGUGGAACAUUCCAGGCAGAGCAAUGACGUAUCCAUGGAAACAAGAACGUGACAGACCCCCAAACAAAAAGUUACACCUAAAAGGGGAGCUACAAUAAGACUAAACACCUAAAAAAUGGGUUAAAAUUGGGUUAAAAAUGUCCAAUAUUUAACUCGUAAUGCCCCGAAAAUUCGAACUGUCUCUUUAAAUGUUCAAACUGGUGAAAUCUCGUAAAAAUUUGAAUGUUAUUUUCCACGUGUUUUUGCAUUGUCCCAGAUUAGACUCAGGUAUUCUAAUCUACCUCUGCAGGGGGAGGGGAACUGUGAAGGGUCACUGCAGCGUCACAAUAUUUUUACUACAGAGAAUGAGACAUGAGCCCACACCUGACUGUACUGUCAUCCUGUCGUGCUUUUCAAUAAACUUUUGUAGAGUUUCCAUAAUAA